AUGGUACGUGAUUUACAGCAAGUUGCUAGCCAUCGUGACGAGAUAGAUAGCCUGCCGGAGAUCCUGGUGGACAAAGUGACUCUACUGCCGGAUAUACUCCACCAGUCUAGAGCUGACAGCACGCGCAAAAACUAUUCAAAUGCUUUCAACAGAUGGAGGGUUUGGGCUUUAGCUAACGGUCUUGGUAGUGGGGACAUUUUGCCCGCAAGGGAUUUUCCGGUGGCUUUAUAUCUUACGUCAUUGAUACAAAGUGCUAAUUCUUGUAGGCCUAUAAUAACGGCAUUUUACAGCAUUAAGUGGUUUCAUGACAUUUAUAACUUUAGUUCUCCAACUAAUUCUAAAAUUGUUCUUAACAUAUUAGAGGCAGCUAAACGCAUUUUAGCUAAACCUGUUAAUAAAAAAGAACAGAUUACAGUUGAAUUAUUACAGUCUAUGUAUCACAGUUUGUUUGAAGAAGGAAAUGUUUUUACACAGAGAACUAUUUGUGCAUUACUUUUAUCGUUCUCCGGUUUUUUAAGGAGUUCGGAACUGUUGAAUUUACAUUAUAAUGACGUUGUUUUGCAUAAUACUCAUAUGGAUAUUUUCAUAGAAUCAAGCAAAACUGACCGUUAUAGGGACGGUGCUUGGCUUGUUAUAGCAAGAACUGGUACAGAGUCCCAGUUGAAAAUUUGA